GAGGAAAGUGAAAGUAAUAUUUUUUCUUUUUCACAGCAGCCAUCAUGUCAGCUACAAACCCUGUGCAGGAGCUCCGGGAUGAGCUGGUUUGUCCCAUCUGCCUGGAGCCCUUUAAAGACCCAGUGAUUCUAGACUGUGGGCACAAUUACUGCCAAGCCUGUAUCACCGACUGCUGGGGGGGGUCGGGCACAGGAGUGUGCCCCCAGUGCAGGAAAUCUCUCCCCGGGGGAAAGCUGAGGCCUAACAAGCAGCUGGAGGCGGUGGUGGACAAAGCAAGAGACCUAGACGGAGAAUGCGAGAAACAUGGAGAAAGUUUGGAUCACUUCUGCAAGCAGGACCAGACCCUCCUCUGCAUGAUUUGCAAAGAGUCUCGAGAACACAGAGCUCACACAGUCAUUCUUGUUAAGGCGGCUGCAGAGGAGUUUGAGAAGCAACUUCUGAGUCAUCGGGAUCGUGUUCAGCAUGUGAGAGACGAGCGAGGGAGACGGGCAGCUGCUGAAGAAAGGGAAUGUCAAAUUCUACUGAAACAGCUGGAACACCAGAAGCAGGAGAUUGCAUCUGAAUUCAAGCAAGUGCGCCAGGUUUUGAAGCAGGGAGAGCAGCUCCUGUGUAACCACCUGGAAGGCACAAUACAGGACCUUGGGAAGACGAGGAAUAAAAAUACUAAGGGGCUAUUACUUCUCGAUCACUGCAUAGCUGAGAUAAAUCAGAAGUGCCAGCAGCCGGUGAAUGAACUCCUCAAGGAUAUUGACAGCACCUUAAGCAGGUGUGAGCAGGUGAAAGGGGAAGAGGAGGCGCCUGUUGAUUCUUUGACUGAAGUGAAGAGCAGAGUGCAGGCUCUCUCGGAAAGCCGGAAAGUUCUGUGUGAUCUGCUGAACAAUCUCAGAGUGAAAUUGGGUCCUCUUGAAAACGUCUCGUCUGAGGUUCAGAGACAAGUGAGUGGUGAAGACCCAACGGAGGAUGUUCCCGAGAACCUUAAACAAGAGGACACUUCUGUUUGCCUGCUGGACUAUGAGGAUGGCAAAUGUACCUCAGACAGCUGUCAGAAGCAAGAAGCUAUCCCUACUGACAGACAGAAUAAUUUAACUGACUUCAUAAACAUUGAGCCAGAGAGAGACAUAGGUCACUGGUUUGACUCCAAGGUGAGGAGACGUGGUGCAUGGAAAAUCGUAGCUGCUGUUGAAGCUACAGUACUUGCAGUUCUCCUUACCGCAGUGAUUGCUUGGUCAGUGUCAAAGGCCAAUGUGACCACUCCCGACAGCCCUGCCGCCUGCUGCCCUGAAAAGUGGAUCGGGUACCAAGGAAAAUGUUACCUUUUCUCUGAGGAUGAAGCAAACUGGACCUCAAGCCAACAUUCCUGCUCUUCCCAUGGUGCCUCCUUGCCUUGGCUUGACACCCUGCAGGAAAAGGAUUUCUUGAUGCGACACAAGGGCUACCUUGAUGCCUGGAUCGGCCUCAGGAGGGAACUGGGCCAGCCCUGGAAGUGGCCCAAUGGCUCAGUAUUCAACGACCCGUUUCAAAUAGGAGAAGGAGGAGAAUGUGUCUAUAUGUACAAAAACACCAUCAGCAGUUCGGGGUGCUACAUAAAGAGGAACUGGAUCUGUAGUGAACCUGAUGAAUUUGUGAAGAGAGAGAUGACUUGAGAACUACACGAACUCCUCACUUAAAGUUGUCCCGGUUAACAUUGUUACGUUGCUGAUCAAUUAGGGGACAGGCUCGUUUAAAGUUGUGCAAUGCUCCCUUAUAACAUUGUUUGGCAGCCGCCUGCUUUGUCCACUGCUUGCAGGAAGAGCAGCCCAUUGGAGCUUGCUGAUGGGGGCCUGCAACCAGUGGUGUAGCCACGAUCUAAGAGCAGGGGGAGCAAACAUAAAAAAGGCGCCCCCACCUUGGCUCCUCCUCUGGCCACACACCCCUUGGCUCCUCCUCCGGCCACUCCGCGCCCCCAUUGGUUGCCGGCCAUCAUGAUGCGCCCUCCCUUGCUCCUCCGGCCAGGGGCUGCCGGCCACGCUGUGCAGGCCGCCUUGCUGUGCCCCCCCCUCGCUCUGCCUCCUCCAGCCGUACCCGCUGCCCCAGCCCAUUGGCUGCAGGCCGCCCUGCUGCGCGCCCCCUUGCUCCUCCAGCCGCCGCUGCCGGCCGCCAUGCUGCGCCCCGCCCUCGCUUUGCCUCCUCCGGCUGCGCCCGCGCCCCCCUAUUGGCUGCUGGCCACGCUGCGGGCCGCCCUGCUGCGCCCCCCCUCACUCCUCCAGUCAUGCCAUCCUCUCCCCAUGGCUCCUCCGGCUGUGCUGCCCUCCCUUGCCUGCAGGAGGUCAGCGCCGGCUGGCAGGCACGCCGC